AUGGAAAAAGAACUUAAGGAUAUUAGAGCUUAUCAUCUAAAAGUUAUUGAAGAUAAACUAAUUGAAUUAAUUACUCAUAAAAGCAGAAUACUUGGAGUCUAAAGUGAAGAGGUAGGAGAAUUUAAAUAAAAUUUUGAUGAAUUCAAACCACUUACUUAAACAAUUCAAAAAACUACCCGGGAAUAUUUAACAGAAUUUCAAAUUAAAUUAGAUGAGGCUGAUAGAUAAGCUAUCUAAUAAUUCCACCAAUAGUAGGAUCAAUUAGAAUAUCAUGCUGGUCGAUUAAACUAGUAACAGAAUCAAAUUUAAUAGAUCUAAGAAUUAUUUGAAUAACAAACUAAAUAAAGAUUAUAAAUAAAUGAAAUGCAAAAAGCUUAAGAAAGAAUGGUUUAAGAAUUACAGUAAAUCAAAGAAGAACUUGAAUAAAAGAAAUUCUUAAAGCAAUAACUUAUUAAUAAUUUUAAAUUAAGUUAAUAACAAUAAAUUCAAUUACAAUAGGAACUUAAAGAUACUGAGCAUUAAAAGAGAUAUUGGAACAAUCUUCUAUAAGAAGCUAAGGGUAACAUUCGUGUUUAUUGUCGUAUUCGACCUAAUUCAUAAGAGGACAUGUUAGUAUUGAAUGGUGAAUGUUCUUUAGUACUUAAAUUUCCUGAGAGAUUUUUAAAAUCCACGAAUUGUUAAAAGGAAAGCAGUUUUAAUUUUGAACAUAUUUUUAGUUAGGAUGCUGACUAAUUAGACAUAUAUAAUGAACUAUCAGAUUUAGUUUAAAAUGUGGUUGAUGGUCAUAAUGUGUGUAUUUUUGCUUAUGGUUAAACUGGAUCAGGGAAAACAUAUACAAUGCAAGGUGAUGAUCAUAAUAUAGGUGUUAUACCAAGAGCUGUUGAAUAAAUAUAUAAAGAAAGAUUAGGAAUGUUAGAACUUGGAUGGCAAACUAAUAUUAGAGUUGGGUUUCAAGAAAUUUAUAAUGAAUAAAGUAGAGAUUUAAUUACUAAUUAAAAGUGUGAUGAAGUUAAGUUAUUGGAUGUAAAAGAUAUUUAUGAAGUGGUAGAACAUUUUAAUACUGCAAAGAAAAAUAGAUAAGUUGCAGAAACUCUUAGUAAUGAAGUAUCCUCUAGAAGUCAUUUUAUAUUUUAAUUAAAUUUAUAAGGACAUAUGGGAGAUAAGCAAAUUAAUUCAACUUUAAAUUUAAUUGAUUUAGCUGGUUCUGAGAGAGCAAAUGUAGCAAAAACAGAAGGAGACAGAUUUACUGAAACUAAAGCUAUUAAUAAAUCAUUAAGUGCAUUAGGUGAUGUUUUUAAUGCACUUUACACCAAAUAAUAACAUGUACCAUUUAGAAAUAGUAAAUUGACGUUUUCAUUAUAUAAAUAUAUGGAAGGUAGUUCUAAAACCUUAAUGAUGGUGAACAUAUCAUCUAGAUCAGAAGAUUUUUAAUAAACACUUGCAAGUCUUAGAUUUGCAGAAAAAGUAAAAUCUUGUUAAAUUAAAAAAUGA